AUCAGGGCGCGGACGCCCACCCUUUGGAUGUGGGGUCAGGGUAGCGGGGGUGGGGAUAUGGGGGAGCUUCCCAGAUCCUGGGGAAAGGGGAGCCUAUGCAGGAGGUGGCUGGAGUCUCGGCGACGGUAGCAGGAGCAGCGGUGGCGGUUCUCUCAGUAGCGGCAGCCAAGUCUCCAACCCCAGGCAGGGUUGCGCAGCAGACAAUAACCGGGCUGGAAACCGGACCGGGCCGGACCCAACUGUGAUGCUUCCUGACUGAUGAUGUUGUAACAGUGCCAGGAAGCCAGAAGGCUGCAUUUUCAGCAGAACAUACCUGAGUUGUCCCCAUCACUAUGGAAACCCAAAAGGGUGAAGCUGCUCAGUUCAAGGGAGCAGUAGCUUCUGUGGACACCCAGGACCAAGGGGCAGAGAAAGGAGCCAAGAACAAGGCAGCUGAUAUGACUGAAGGACCAGCAUUAGAGCCACCCUCAUCUGGCCCAGGUGUGCUGAAGAAAACUGCCAUGAAACUGUUCGGUGGCAAGAAGGGCAUCUGUACCCUGCCUAGUUUCUUUGGAGGGGGAGGAAGCAAAGGCUCUGGCAAAGGCAGCUCCAAGAAGGGUCUUAGCAAGAGUAAGACCCACGAUGGCCUGAGUGAAGCUGCCUGUGGCCAUGAAGAUAUUAUCAGUGAAGGAACUGGCCUCUCCUUACCUUUGCCUGAGUCACCUUGCCAAGUACCCACUUCCCAGAGUGCCCAUGGGGCUUUGGAGACAGGCUCUAGAUGCAAGAUGUCUGUCUCUGGAGCCACAGAGAAAACUGGUGCUAAGAAAGCUCUCUCUGGGCCCAAGCCAAAGAAAGGCCUGAAAGGCUUUUUUAGCAGUAUCCGCCAUCACCGGAAGAGCAAGGUCUCUAGGGCUGACCAAAGUGAGCCAAGGGCUAAGGGGCUUGAGGGUGCCAGAGCCAGGACUCCAGAGCAUGUGAGCUCAGCCCUUCUGCCCCAUGCUGAUGAGACUCUCCAAGCCCAAAGUAAAGAAAAUGCCAAACUCCAAGAUGCCCCUGGGCCAAAAGUUUCUUCAACGCCAGAGCCUUCUCUAGCAGCCACUGAGAAGAUAGCUGGUAAGGAUCCAGAAAAACCCAUGAAGGCCUGUGCCUCAGGACUCCUGCAGCCCAAGCCUGCUCCUAAAACCAGUGGCCCAGAGGAACCCCACAGCCCAGAAACAGGGAAGAAAUUGGUGGCAGGGAAGAUGAAUCCAGCCAAUGGUCCUGUGGGGGACCAGCUGAGCUUCCUCUUUGGGGAUGUCACAUCCCUGAAAAGUUUUGAUUCACUGACAGGUUGUGGUGACAUCAUAGCAGAGCAGGACAUGGACAGUAUGACAGACAGCAUGGCCUCUGGAGGCCAGAGGGCUAACCGAGAUGGAACCAAGCGAAGUUCCUGCCUGGUGACCUACCAAGGAGGUGGGGAAGAGAUGGCCUUGCCAGAUGAUGAUGAUGAAGAAGAAGAGGAGGAAGAGGAAAUGGAAUUAGAGGCAGAAGAGGAAAUCAAGGAGGAAGAAAAUUAUGACUUAGAAUAUUUGUGGGCAAGUGCCCCGAUGUACCCAAGGCGCAAUCUGAAUGUGGGCUACCAUUCCAUCACAUCCCCAGACCAGCAUAGCUACAUGCUACUUGACCCAGUUAGGUCUUAUCCUGGCCUCACCCCUGGGGACCUUUUGACCCCUCAGAGUGACCAGCAAGAGUCUGCCCCGAAUAGUGACGAGGGUUAUUAUGACUCUACCACACCUGGAUUUGAGGAUGAUUCAGGUGAGGCCCUGAGCCUUGUCCGCAGGGAUUGCCUGCCUCGAGACAGCUACAGUGGAGAUGCUCUCUAUGAGUUCUAUGAGCUGGAUGACAGUAUUGAGAAAUCCCCAUGUGGGGAUGACUGCCUUUAUGACCUCCAUGGUCACAGCUCUGAAAUAUUUGACCCCUUCCUGAACUUUGAGCCAUUUUCUUCCUCUCGACCACCUGGGGCAAUGGAGACAGAGGAAGAACGGCUAGUGACCAUCCAGAAACAGUUGUUGUAUUGGGAGUUUCAGAGGGAGCAGCUUGAAGCCCAGGAAGCAUGUGCCCAAAAGUCUCACCCCAGGGAUGGGCGAGAGGCCCACACCCAGGAAGCUCAUAUCAGAGAGGCCCAAGUCCAAGAGUCCUAUGCCUGGGAAGCCUGUCCCCAAGAGGCCUCUGCUAGGGAGACCCAGGCCCAAGAGGUCCGGGCCCAGGAGCAGAAGCCCAUCAUAGAGUAUCAGAAAAGACCCUUGGGCCCAUCAGUGAUGGGCUUGGUAGCAGGGGUAUCAGGAGCCUCUCAGACUUCCCAUGGGGGAACCACCUCAGCUUUCCCUGCCACCACGAGUAGUGAGCCAGACUGGAGGGACUUCCGUCCUCUGGAAAAGCGUUUUGAGGGAACUUGCUCCAAGAAAGAUCAAAGUACCUGCUUGAUGCAGCUUUUCCAGAGUGAUUCUAUGUUUGAGCCAGACAUGCAAGAAGCAAAUUUUGGAGGCUCUCCCAGGAGGGCCUACCCUACUUAUUCACCCCCUGAGGAGCCAGAGGAAGAAGAGAUUGAGAAGGAAGGGAAUGACACUGUGAGUUUCUCACAGGCCCUUGUGGAGUUCACAAGCAAUGGGAACCUCUUCUCCAGCAUGUCCUGUAGCUCUGACUCCGACUCAUCUUUCACUCAAAACCUCCCUGAGCUGCCCCCCAUGGUGACCUUUGACAUUGUUGAUGUGGAACGGGAUGGGGAAGGCAAGUGUGAAGAGAAUCCAGAGUUCCACAAUGAUGAAGACCUUGCAGCCUCCUUAGAAGCUGUUGAGCUGGGCUACUACCAGAAACAUGCCUUUAACAACUACCGCAGCCAAUUCUACCAAGGCUUGCCUUGGGGUGUGAGCAGUCUCCCUCGCUAUUUGGGAUUGCCUGGCAUGCACCCUCGACCUCCACCUGCUGCCAUGGCCCUCAACAGAAGGAGCCGCUCCCUCGACACUGCAGAGACCCUGGAGCUGGAGCUCUCCAAUUCCCACAUGGCUCAGAGCUACAUGGAGUCAGAGCUUCAGGUUCAGCAGGAAGAUUCUGAUGAAGAAGAAGAGGAAGAAUGGGGCAGAGACAGUCCUGUAUCCAUCUAUACCGAGCCUCCAGGGGCCUAUGACUGGCCUGCAUGGGCUCCCUGUCCUCUUCUAGUAGUGUCAGGCCCUGCCUGUGGAAGUCCCCAGCAGUCUCCAUAUAGGCAGGCAGCAUAUUGCGUACCUCCUGUGUCAGUGUCAAUGUUGCUGUCAGUACCAGGGCCAGAGCCAAGGGCACCUGGGGAGUCUGGGCAUCAGCUAGCUCGACCAUCGCACCUACCCCUGCCCAUAGGCCCUUGUUAUAACCUCCAGCCACAGGCCUCCAAGAAUUUGAGGGCCAGGCGUCAAGAUGUGCUGUUGCCUGAUGAUGAGCCUAGGUGCUCCUCCAGUGCUGGAGGCUUCAGCCCCAGUCCUCUUCCCCAGGCCAAGCCUAUGGGCAUCACACAUGGCAUCCCCCAGCUGCCCAGGGUCUGGCCUGAGCCCCCUCAGCCUCAACCCAUUCGCUAUGGGGCUUCCAGCCUUGACCUGUCAAAAAAGAGGGCCAAGCAAGGUGCUGCUUUCCCUACCAGCUACUCCUCCACUGCUGUGAAUGGGAACCUAGCUGAGUAGUCAUCAUCAAUUCUGGAGUGGGGGCAUGGGGCCUGAGCAUGUGAAUGGGGAUCAGGAUCUGGGCAGUACGGGGGAAUGUUGCUGUUUAACUUGAAAAUCCUUUUGGCCAAGGAAAGCUCCCAUGAGUUUUUGCCUUUGUUUUCCCACUUUCCUUUUCUGCCAUAUCCCCAUCAAUCCCCACCAACCCAGCAAAUGAUGAACCACUGAUGAGCAGCCAGAUCUGCACUGCCUCCCACUUGGGUACAGGGGGCCUGUUAGCAAUGCAAAAUAAUGGUACAGAUCCUUCCCCCCGACUCCUAACUCCCUUCAGUCCUGGCAUAGCUGCCACCAUUGUAUCAGAUGACUAUAAUCUCUUCACCCCAGCUAGCUGUCCUCAGAGGAUCAAGUAGCAUGUGUCUCUACCUAUUGCUAUGGGUUUUGGCACCAUGACCAGAUGAGAGCUUUUUAAUCUGGCCUACUAUAGCAUGGGUUGAAGACAAAAAUGAUAAUCCCCUUAAUGGACUGAUCAAAUUCAUCUAGUUGCAAACAGAAGAUAAAAUAGGGUUCUGGAAUGAUAGGAUUUUUUUCCUUCUUCCUCUCUUAAGCUUAUAACUACCUGAGUUGAAUAUGUUAUUGAAUUUUGGUUCCUUUUUCCUCAAAAGGAAGUUUUCAUAAUUUCAUUAUAAGAACACAUUCUUUUGAUUGACUUGCAGGAAGAGAAGCAGCCUCAGUUAGGCUGGGCUAUGCAGGUUGGGAUUUUUGUGAGUGGCAGGGGAAGGAUAGGAAAUGGAGGUCCAUUUGUCCCAGCCAUCAGGAGAGAGGAUUUCAGACACUGCAGCAUUCAAAGUAACCCAGCUUCUUAGAGGGGAAAAUCGCUUCCCCCUCAAAAAACCCCAGAAAGUUUCUUAAGCAUUGUCCACCUCUUCAUUUGGAUGCUGUAAAGAGGCACCAGGCUAGCACUCCCAGGAGACAGGAUGCCAAAGGCAUCUAGGCUCCUGCAUCCAGGCUCUUUAAAGAACUUUCAUCUUCCAGUUAGCCAACUCCUUAGCAUCAUCAAAGGACCAUACUUCUUGAGAGGGAAGAACUGAGACCUGACUUCACUCUGCCAAGCUGUAGGAUGCUGAUGGCAGUUUCAGCCUUUUUUAGAAUGAAUCACAUCCUCUGCCUGCAUCCACACGAUUUUCAUGUUAAACUAGCUUGAAAAUGCUGGUGGGGAAGAGUUACUGUCAAGAUGAUGUUGGAAUAGGCUAAUCUUUCCAGGCUCAAUUUCUCAUUCAUCACCAAGCUGAGAGGGCUUCUUUUAAAUUUCUGUAUUAGAAUUAGCAUAUGGGACAUUUUUGCCUGAAUGAAUUGACCCAAAAUAUGAUCCUUGCCCCCCUGCCCCUGUCCCUCCUCCCACUUCUUCACCAAUCUCUAUGCCUAUUAAAAUGUCAACAGGGCUCUUGUCAUAACUGAGAUAUGGCAACUCAGCUGGGGAACAGAUGCUGUUGACCCCCGAAGUCAAGGUGGCUUUGUGGGCAAACUGCUUCUUGGCCAGGUGAUGUGUCUAUGCUGGUCUUUGUCACCAUUUCUCAGAUAGGGUUUGCCCCAGUGCCACUCCCCACAUGGAGCACACCUACCUAGUAAAAGAAGCUGCACCCCUGGAAGCACUGGCAGUUUGCAUGACAUCUGUGGCACCACUCAAAGGACCAGACCACCUCUCCACACUGACUCUGGCUGUAUUGUGAAGAAAUUCAUCUUUCAGAACUGGAGAAUGAAAGAGGGUGAGGAAGGCCUUUACCCAAGCACAGCAUUCCAAGGGAGGAGUACCCAAAUUCCAACUGUCUACCCUCUCACCAAAGCUACCCUGGGAGGGUGGGGCUGAAGUUGGCUUGGCUGUUUGGCAGGAAGUAAACACUCACCAAAUGCUUUUACAAAACACAAGAAAACCCACCAUUUGCUGCCUCUGUCCCUGCUUGUCUUUCAGGGCAGCUGAAUUUCCUGUCUAUAUGUAUGUGACAGCCAGCCACAGCAGGUAGUAGAGCCAUCACCAGCUUCUGGAGCCCACUGGGCCACCAGCCUAUCUGGGAAGACUUAAAGUACGUGGUGAGCCUUUGGCCAACAAUAGAGAGCAGCCCUCAGUGACAAGAGGGCACCAAGGGGUGCUGUCACUCAGGGGAGCAGUUUGUAGCACUGGCACACUUUACUGGGCUUUGGAAGGUCACAUACCACAAAACAGGUCUUAGUCAGACUGAGUGGCAGCUUAUGGUCUGGACAGCGUUGCUGCCCACAAGUCCUUUCAUUGUCCUGGUUAGCCCAGGGACAGGAGUCUUACUACCAGAAGUGGGGCAGUCAGGGAACAUGGCUGCAGAAGCAGGCUCCUUUGACUCUCAUUCUAGAAUGAGGCAGUUCAUGGCCGAAUCCCAGCUGCUGCCUAGAAGAGGAAGGAAGACCUGGCUGGGGACAUGUGAUGGCAGCACAGGGUGACACUGGGAAAGCCAAUUAAGUACCAGGUAUCUCCCCAAACAUAGGCCAGUGCUUGCUUGGCUGGUACCAAAUAUACCCCGGACUACUGAAAGUGUUGAUGUCAAGUCCAUACCUCCUAGGCUGUGACCAGAUGAACAUGUCCACAUUGCAAGGUCAUGGAAUAAUGCUUUUGGAUGUCACUUCAAUGGAAAAUAUGACUUGCUUUCAUAUUGCUACCCAGCAGGCUUAUCUAGUGCCCCUCAGCUAUGAUCCUGAGAUUUCCCAGAUAAGACUGGUCCUUGAGGGACCAGUGACUGUUGGAUGGAGAAGGAGACCUAGUAGGCCUCUCCCAGGACUGUCAGUUUCUUGGUUCUUUAGCACCUUUAAGGAAGCCUUGCCUUGGGUCCCAAUUAAGGCCUGCCCUACUCACCUAGACUCAGCUUGGGCACCAGUCUAUGAGCCUCCUGGGCCAAAGGUUUUGGUCAACACCUGUCUUCUUCUGUGCUGUACUAAGGAGGGAAGUAGCUUCCUACACCCAGAGUGCAUUCCCCUCAUCCUGCUGCCAGCAACUUUCCCACACUUGCCAGUGCCACCACCCCACCUGCCCUUGGCUCCUGGGCCCAGUUGCUAGAGGGAGGCAUCGGGCUUUAGCAGGGAGACUUCAAGUUUACCCGUAUGUAUGUUGCAUCCAAGUUGUUUUUAAUAUAUAUAUAUCAAAAGUCAAUUAUCUAUUUUUGUAUUGUUUGCAUUUUAUAUUCAUAGAAAACAAUGUUUAUCAAUCAUUUUUUUCUAAAAUAUUUUAUUUUUAAGUGGUGCUGUUUACAGUUUUAAACAAAACAAAGAAGACACAAAAAUUGUUGCUGCUGUGAAUAGGGCUGGCAUCUCAAUUGCCCAGGGCCCUCCCUUUUUCCCCUCUCCCUACCCACAGUAUCCCACUGUCCAUCCCCUUCUCCAUGAUAGGGACAGCAGAAGAUUCCCAGGUACUAAGACAAAUGCCAGAUGACUCAGGCAUGUGGAACCUGGUAGACAGUGUGUCAUUUUAUAGCUUUUUUUCUUUUAGACCCUGCCCCCUUAAGUUCAGACCUUCUGGAAGUACUCUUAUUUCUCUCUUUCUUCUCUGUCUUUUUACUGGUUAUGUUUUGUGCUUUGGUUUUGAAACCAGAGUGCCCACAUUAUGAUGUCAUGUUGAAUUUCCCCAAAGGAGCAUUUUAGGGACAUUCUCCACCCAGUGGGGUGGCCAGGGCAUUUCCACCAUGCCCCCUUACCCCAAGAAACGGGGGUAGAAAGAUGGCACUUAUGCUUGGACCUUUAGAAGUUGUCCAUCUCAUUGUGGACACCCUUGCAUGGGACUUCCCAGAAACUCAGUUGAUUGUGAUACUUGCUCAGAAGAGAUGUUGGGGAACUCCUUGAACCUUCUUGCUGCUUUGGGGGAAACUCCCUACCACCAUUUCCCCUCCCCUGCCCUGUUCCAGCUCACAUGUAGGUGGUACUUUAGGGGAACAGUGACUGUCAGAGUGAUGGCUUGCUGACCUGACCCCUCACUUUUCCAUCCUGUAGUCAUUCCAAAGAAGAAAACCCACAUGGCAUGUAUAUGUGUGAGAGUUGGGCCUACUGAGAGGCAGGGCUUUAUUAUUCCUGUUACUAUUGGUGCUUAUCUUCCCUGCUGUAUAUGGUGGGGGGGUAGCGGGUGGGGGGAAGAAACCAGGAAUGUAUAUUUAGGUCAUGUUAAAUAAAAUGGCUGGGGGACAGAGGGAAGAAACUGGGAACUGCAGUACAUCCCCACCCCAAGUGUAAGAGUUCUUUCUUAGUGCAGAAAGGGGAGCAUGGCCCCUGGAUGGGCCCUAGCUUCCCCUUCUCUAUCCCUGAAAUAUCAUGAAAUCACCUGGGUUGUUAACUUCUCCAACCCUAGCCCUCACUGACACCUGAAUAUAUGGACGCAUUGCCUGUUUGUAACUACAUAUGUUUCUUUCGCAAAAUGCUAAUAAAUUGGGUUCAAGAGGGACCCCCCCAGUCACUAAAGUGCAUUCUUGUGGUUUGUUCCACAGCAGCAUGCUGGUUACCCACUGCCGUUGGGUUUGCCCUUGAAGGGAAAUGGAGAAAACGAGGUGGGGGUUGGGGCGGUAUCCAGCAGGGGAAACAGAAGUUAGAGCUGGAACUGAAAGUUAGAGGAAACUGCAAUUCUUCAUACAAGCCAUGCCCUGCAUUUCCGUCUGAUGCUGUGUUGGUAAAACCUUUAUCACACCUUCCACAUACUAGACCUCCAGGGGCUGGCUAGCACUUCUGAAAUUAGCCUCAAUUCAUAUAAUUAUGCUGGCCUCCCCACCUCUCAGGAGUGAACCUCCUGAUGGCUCCAUAGAAAGGAUGUGUCUAAUGGUGGGACUCACAGGCCAAGAUGCAGGAAUGCCGUCCUUACCCAGGACUAUGGAAGGAGGUGCUAGCUGGACAGUUGCCUGCCCUACCUAUUCAGCUGUGGAGCCAAGUGGGAAGCAUGUGGCUUUUGCCCUUUAUUGCAGGGCAUCUCAUCUAGUAGGUACCAGAGGUGUGCCACAGCAACAAUCCAGUCACCUUGGGGUCAUGUCCUGAUUUCCAGGCCUGUCCUACCCUAGGCAGAAAUUACCUGCCCCUGUUACCCACACAAAGGCUUACCUAUACCAUCAACCAGGAGAAGGUGACUGUGC